CAAGAGAAAGAAACCGAGAGAAUGGUGCGAACGCAGAGAACUCCAAACACAGAACGAAGAACUCAACAUCAACACAGAAACUUGAUACAUAGAGAUUUAAAGAUUUUACAUACAGAUUAUUGAAAAAGUGAAAAACAAAAAGUUUCCUUUUUUUUUAUAGUAUUCGUGCCCUAAUCCCAAAUUAAACUAAAAUGGCAAAAUCUAGCAAAGUCUCGUCGUGCCCAAGGAGAAUCUGAAACAGAGAGCAUUGUCGGAGGUCAUCGUAGAUGGUCAGAGUUCCUUGUUUAUUGUCGGAGGUUGCCAUUCAUUGGUCGAGGGGAGUUUGGAGCACCGCGAAACAAAGUUUUAGAACAGAGAAUGCCCUUUACGAAUUAUCUGUUUCUUAAGUAGUUGUCAAAAUCUUCUGCCAAAAUGGAAUCCUCUAUGGUUUAAAUAUUGUUGAAGAAGAGGGACUUCAACAGGUUAUAUUUGGUAGAUAAACUACUGUUACAGAAUAUGAUAGUGGAAGAGGUGAAUCGAUGUCAGAUUCAAGAGUGGUAUCCAAGAUUCAAUAUAUGCUUUAUGUCUAGACUCAAUUUCAAGGUCCAAAUUCAUGCACACAGCAACAAACAUAGGCAACAAUGUUAUCUCAAAAUCUAUGCUCUAUGUUUAGACUCGCAAUUUCAAGGUCCAAAUUCAUGCACACAGCAACAAAUAUAGGCAACAAUGUUGUAUCAAAAUCACAUCUUUUGGCCUUGGAGACCCAAGAUUCCCUCACAACCCAUUUGGAAUCUUUGUUCCGGGCCUGUUCAAAUGCUUCUUUGCUUCAACAAGUUAGACAAGUUCACACUCAAGUCGUUGUUGGUGGCAUGAAUGAUAUUUGCUCACUGAGUUCCAGAAUUUUGGGCCUAUAUGUUCUUUGUGGUAGAAUCAAGGAUGCAGGAAACUUGUUCUUCAGGCUUGAAUUGUGCUACGCUCUUCCUUGGAAUUGGAUGAUGAGAGGGCUUUACAUGUUGGGGUGGUUUGAUUUUGCGUUGUUGUUUUACUUCAAGAUGUUGGGUAGUAAAGUUUCACCUGACAAAUACACAUUCCCUUAUGUGAUUAAAGCUUGUGGUGGUUUGAAUAAUGUGCCGUUGUGUAUGGUGGUUCAUAAUAUGGCUCGAUUGAUGGGAUUUCAUGUGGACUUGUUUGUCGGCAGUGCUUUGAUCAAGUUGUAUGCAGACAAUGGUUAUAUUCAUGAUGCACGACUUGUGUUUGAUGAAUUGCCCCUGAGAGACACCAUUUUGUGGAAUGUGAUGCUUCAUGGUUAUGUCAAAAUUGGAAAUUUUGAAAAUGCAAUAGGGACUUUUCUUGACAUGAGGACCUCUUAUAGUAGGCUUAAUUCAGUGACAUAUACUUGUAUUUUGUCUAUAUGUGCUAUGAAAGGGAAUUUUUGUGUUGGUACUCAGCUUCAUGGUCUUGUUAUUGGUAGUGGAUUUGAGUUUGAUCCACAGGUAGCAAACACACUGGUUGCCAUGUAUUCAAAAUGCGGGAACCUUUUAGAUGCUCGCAAGUUAUUUAAUACAAUGUCACAAACUGAUACGGUAAGUUGGAAUGGGUUGAUUGCUGGAUAUGUACAAAAUGGGUUUUCAGAUGAGGCUGCACCUUUGUUUAAUGCAAUGAUCUCUGCCGGUGUCAAACCAGAUGCGGUCACUUUUGCAAGUUUCCUUCCUUCUAUCCUUAGAACCGGGAGUCUCAAACAUUGUAAGGAAGCUCAUGGUUACAUAGUGCGACAUAGGGUGCCUUUUGAUGUCUAUUUGAAGAGUGCUCUUAUUGACAUAUACUUCAAGGGUGGAGAUGUAAAGAUGGCAUACAAUAUUUUCCAGCAGAAUACUUUGGUUGAUGUUGCAGUGUGCACUGCUAUGAUAUCAGGUUAUGUUCUUAAUGGGCUGAAUAGGGAUGCUAUAAACAUUUUUCGGUGGUUAAUUAAAGAGGGAAUGGUUCCUAAUUGCCUAACCAUGGCUAGUGUUCUGCCAGCUUGUGCUGCAAUGGCUGCUACAAAAUUAGGGAAGGAGUUGCAUUGUGACAUUCUAAAGAAACGACUAGAGAAUAUAGUUAAUGUGGGAUCUGCCAUCACGGAUAUGUAUGCAAAAUGUGGAAGAGUGGAUCUUGCUUAUGAAUUUUUUAGAAGAAUGUCCGAAAAAGAUAGUGUAUGUUGGAACUCAAUGCUUUCAAGCUUCUCACAGAAUGGAAAACCAGAAAUGGCCAUUGAUCUCUUUCGCCAAAUGGGAAUUAGUGGAGCCAAGUAUGAUACUGUGAGCCUAUCAUCUGCUCUCUCUGCUGCUUCAAAUUUACCAGCACUCUAUUAUGGGAAAGAGAUGCAUGCCUAUGUGAUAAGAAAUGCAUUUAGUUUUGACACUUUUGUUGCAAGUGCACUGAUAGACAUGUAUUCUAAAUGUGGAAAACUAGCGUUGGCUCGAUGUGUGUUUGACCUGAUGGAUGGGAAGAAUGAAGUUUCAUGGAACAGCAUCAUUGCUGCCUAUGGAAACCAUGGUUUCCCUAGAGAGUGCCUUGAACUAUUCCAUGAGAUGUUAGGAGCUGGGAUUCACCCUGACCAUGUUACUUUUCUUGUCAUACUUUCUGCUUGUGGCCAUGCAGGCUUAGUUGAUGAAGGCAUACACUACUUUCGUUGCAUGACUACAGAAUAUGGUAUCAGUGCUAGGAUGGAGCACUAUGCAUGCAUGGUAGAUUUGUAUGGUCGUGCUGGCCGUUUGCAAGAAGCAUUUGAUACCAUGAAGAGCAUACCAUUCACUCCAGAUGCUGGUGUUUGGGGGACAUUGCUAGGAGCUUGCCGGCUCCAUGGCAAUGUGGAGUUAGCUAAACUAGCUUCAAGGCAUCUUGUAGAUCUGGAUCCAAAUAAUUCUGGAUACUAUGUAUUGCUUUCUAAUGUACAUGCUGAUGCUGGUGAAUGGGCAAGUGUUCUUAAAAUUAGAAGUUUAAUGAAGGAGAAAGGAGUUCAGAAGAUACCUGGAUACAGCUGGAUUGAUGUUAAUGGGAGAACUCAUAUGUUUUCUGCUGCCGAUGGAAAUCACCCAAAAUCUGUUGAGAUAUAUUUGAUUCUGAAGAGUCUCCUUCCUGAGUUGAGAAAACAGGGUUAUAUUCCUCAACCAUACCUUCCGUUGCACCCUCAAAUCAUGGGCAGGCAUUGAAAUAAGAAUGAUUGAUUUCUUUCGUAUUCUCAGUUAUAGUCAUAGCAAAUACUUGAUGCAACUAAUCAUUUUGAGAUAACUUCUAUCCAAACGUAUGAGUAUGCUUUAAGUUAUCUCUUAAGCAAGUAGUUAUUACGUCAGAAUAUUCUUCGAAGGUUUCCAACAGUCUCACCUGAAUCUAGUAUUUACUUGAGAAUUGUCACCCACAUGGUUUAUGAGCUUCAUGAUUGGGUAAAUUAUUUCAAUCAUUCUUGUUACUUCUACCUUCCUUUUUAUCAAAUUCUUUGUAACCAACGUUGAUGACUUGUCGAACAUAAUUCCCCUUCUUCUCUUUUAGUUUUUUUGUUGAAUUUAUGCAUUCCAAUCUCUAUUUGCAUUUACCAUUUAACAGAAAUUUUUGUUAUGUUCAAGUAUAAGUAGAUUCAUAUCGAAGUCUUGGAAAUUUUGUUGACUUUGGUUUGACUAUUGUACUUGUAUGUCCUUGCAAUGUAGCUUAGGGCAUGCUGAGAUGGGAGAAUUAUCAGCGGUAUAUUCUUCUUUUAGUUAAAGUGUGCAUACUGCAGGAAGAAUGAAAAGACCAGCAAUAACUUUGAUGAAGAGGAAGUGACUCUGCAUCUAUUUUGGUGAUGAAGCAUUUCAUAAACAAGCCAAACAAGAAAUUGAGCACAACUAACGUGGCCUAUCAUAUUUGUCCUUUAAGAGAUACUGAUUGUUGAAGAAUAGGCACUUCAACAGGUUGUUUUUGGUAGAGAAACUUCGGUUACAGAAUAUCAAAGUGAAAGAGGUGAAUCGAUGUCAGAUUCAAGAGUGGUAUCCAAAGUUCAAAUCUGUAUCCAUCAAGACUGUAAUUCAUCAACUCCCCGAGUCAUUUAUUCAGUACCUUCUUGAUGACUCUGGGCCCUUCCUCUUACCUGCUUCUGUCUUAAAUGAAGAUGCAUUACCCAAUAGAGUUCAUAAUCCAAAUGAGGAAGAAGAUUUCAGGUUUCAGAGGGAUCUGGAGAUGAAGCAGAAGAUUCUCCACCAUCUUUGUUUCCAGAACUUGAAUUGAAAAUUAAGGAAUCUAUUGAGUCCCUUGGGGGUGCAGUCUUUCCCAAACUGAAUUGGAGUGCUCCAAAAGAUUCAGCAUGGAUAAGUACCGCUGGUAGCCUUCGGUGCACCAGUUUCAGUUAGAUUGCACUUUUAUUUUGAGCAUCUGACUCGUUGGUCCAUGACUUGUGCCAUGCGUAUGAUUCAUGCCAGGAUAAAUCUUCAACAAGGCCCCAUAAUUUCUUUCUUGCACUCCGUAAAUGGUAUCCAUCUCUCCAUCCAGACAUGGAAUUUCGAUGUUUCUUUCAUACGAGAUCAGAAGUUAAUUAGAAUUUCUCAACGUGAGGUUACUACUUUUUAUCCUAUUUUGCUUGAAAAGAAGAAUGAUCUCCUUUCAUUGAUCCUAGCAUUUUUUAACAGUCAUGUGAAGUCUAAAUUUGAGUCAGAAAACUACACAUUUGAUGUUUAUAUCACAAAGGACGAGAGAGUUAAGAUUGUGGAUUUCAACCCUUGGGAUGCCUUUACAUUGCCCUUGUUUGCAUGGGAUGAAUUAGAGAGUAUUCAUAGUGAAGGAAAUGAUGUGGAGUUUAGAAUUGUGGAAGAUCGUUGCGCUGUUAGGCCAGGCCUGAAAACAGCAGUUCCUUUUGAUUACUUGGAUACGAGUGCGGGCAGCAGUGGUUGGGAUCAAUUUCUAUGGAGUGGAGAUGAAGAGUUUAGACAACAAUCUACAGAAGCUGGUACAUGACAAUCAGCUGCUGUUUCUCUAAAUUAUUACUUGAUGUAGCAAAUAAAAACGUAGCUUUUUAAUGUGUAUUUUAAGUUUUUUGACAGGGGAAAACCCGAGUUUGAAAGCAUUACUUCACAGAGGAUGCAGAUUUCUUAUUUAACAGAAACCUUAGUUUAUGGUUGUUAAGUUUUUCUGGUUGAACUUCAAACAUCAGAUAUUCUUAAUUAAAGUUUUUAUGGUCCUUGAAA